UGUCGGGCUUGAUAUGGCGUGACUGUCGUCUCGGGCUUCUUACGCUUGGAUCUUUCGUGUGAUGUGAUUGAACCUUAUCAUCCACUCGACAUCCAGCCCAUCUGCCACAAUCAAGACAAUACGAGAGGAACAAAAAAAAGACUUCAGUUCUAGACAAACCCGUUGCUGGCCAUGUCAAUAUCUAUACCACUCCGCUCACAUCUUCUGGACACGGUGGAUGGCUAAAACGGCCGAUCGAGUCGCAUCAGUACUUCGUCUGCCUUUUCUUUCGCUGGACGAAAGUCAACCCAAUCCCUAAACCUCACGACUGUCAACAUUCUUCACAUAUUUAGCCAUGGGGAGGUUGAUCAAGAACCACUGGGGGCGUCUCAUCAUCCUAACCGCCGCAGUCUUCCAGAUAGGCAGCGCCAUCGAAGGCUUCAUCUGGCCCAAAGUCUUCUGGGACUUUGUGUCUCACAAUCUCAACGGCGCCGUCCAGCCCAUCCCCGUCCUUCAGAUCCUCAAUCUCAUAAUGGGCUUGCUCGGCCUCGCCUGGGAAUGGCCGUUGAAAUUCUUCGCUGGGAGCCUGGCGCAUCGCAGCAUCGAGAUCCGUCUCAUUUUAUAUCCUUUGAGCGCCCUUCUGGCUGCGCUACUGUACCAGGGAACCGAUCCUGCCAUCUAUUACGUGGUUGGGAUCAUAGUGUAUUUUUGGGCGUAUAGCGAGGGCGAGGUGGUAUGUCCUGAACCGUGGACCUUGCCCAAACGACGAUCGCUCAAGGUAUAGCACCUGUACAUGUUAUGACGACUUACGAUGGACGAUGGAAUGUUAUCAAUUAUUUUAAUGAUGGCUGGAAUUCACUCCGGCUUCAUGGUGGGACUUGGGAAUGGCCGCUUGGUCGGCUGCAAGCUCGCUAUUGUACCAUAUGAUGUAGUAUGAAGUGUAUAUAGCAACGAAUCAAUCCAUAUAUAUCUAUA